UACGUGCGUCCCUCUCCAUGCCACGACUCGCUGUUUCGUUCCAUCUUGUGAAGCCGCGAUUCACUGACAGUAGGCCUACAAGGAGUUAUUCACCUUUGUCGUUUUAGUGUCUGUCUGCGACGAGACUACACCGAGGCUGUUCAGGCGCUCUGCCUGUAAACUAAGCGGGCGUUUUGGACCAAGCAUCCCGGGCCAAAAGAUCAAAGAACGUCUAUUAUGACGUCUAAUAUUGACCUAUGAUCCAAGACGAACACACAAAAUAAAAAUCCAGCAGACAGCGUCUGAAAAUGCAACUGUAACUCCAGAGGAAGAUCUCGCGAGAGUGGUGGCGUGGCUGGCUGUGUGGUUGCAGUAGACAGAGGGAGAAGGCAGGCAGCAUCAUGGCGGACAGAGACAGUGGAAGUGAGCAGGGAGGAGCAGCCACGGGCCCGGGCGUCGGUUCCAUGCACCCAGUGACAGGAGGGGCGGGCUCGGCUUCCGGGCUGCAACACGAGACGCAAGAGCUGGCGUCGAAACGAGUUGACAUUCAAAAUAAACGUUUCUAUCUGGACGUGAAGCAGAACGCAAAAGGCCGCUUCUUAAAGAUAGCUGAAGUCGGGGCCGGGGGAAACAAGAGCCGCCUCACUCUCUCCAUGUCAGUGGCAGUCGAGUUCCGUGACUACUUAGGGGACUUCAUCGAACAUUAUGCCCAAUUAGGUCCGAGCAAUCCGGACAUCGCACAGGAUGAGCCGAGGCGAGCACUUAAAAGCGAAUUCUUGGUCCGGGAGAAUCGGAAGUACUACAUGGAUCUGAAAGAGAACCAGAGAGGCCGGUUUCUGAGGAUUCGACAGACCGUGAACCGGGGGCCCGGUUUAGGAUCCACGCAAGGCCAGACAAUUGCUCUGCCUGCACAGGGACUUAUUGAGUUUCGUGACGCUUUGGCAAAACUCAUUGAUGACUACGGAGUAGAUGACGAACCUGCCGAGUUGCCAGAGGGGACCUCCUUGACAGUGGACAACAAACGCUUUUUCUUCGACGUGGGCUCCAAUAAAUACGGAGUGUUCAUGCGGAUAAGCGAGGUGAAGCCAACAUACCGCAACUCUAUCACGGUGCCCUACAAAGUGUGGUCCAAAUGUGGAAAUACGUUCUGUAAAUACGCGGAGGAGAUGAAGAAGAUUCAGGAGAAACAGCGGGAGAAAAGGGCAUGUGAAAUGCAGCAACAAGAGGAGAUGCAUGCUGAUGAUGCAGACGAGGAUUGAUAUAUAGAGCAAAAACAUGCAAGAAAAUCAUCGAAAUAACAAAAAGAGAAAUGAUAAUAACUUUACUGUAAAAAGAAAUAAAUCUAAAGAUUUAACUGUAACUGUUUAACUCCAAGGGAGCACCACCCACAAAAAAAAUAAACCUCCACAAACUGACAGUUAUGACAUGCUGUCACCCGUCGCUGGAUGUUACCCACUUACCCACCAUUAAUACAGUAAGCGGCUGCUAAACAAAGUAAUAACGUUAUAUAUGAACCGUGUUUCCUACUUGAUGAUAAAGAACUGAGUGUUUAUUUCUCUUAUUAACCAAUAACUUUUGUACACGUUAAAGAUAUUAUUAGUGUUUGCAAUGUUCAAAUGGAAUUAUUGCCGAGUUAUGAGAAACAAGUCCUUUUCAUUUGACUUCAGCACAAAAUCAGAUAUUUUAGUUUUUUUAAACCAAAAUGUAAAACCUUUUUAAGAGGUUGACAUAGUGUAGGUCUACUUGCCACCCUAUUUACUUGUACCUGUGAGUAGAGUUUACACAUAAGUCAUAUGAGGACUAGGCCUGCUUUGGAAUUUUGUUUAGAUGUCAUGCAGUCUGUACUUUUUUCAAUGUCAUGCAACGAAAUAAGUGCUCUCUCUCUCUCUCUCUCUCUCUCUCUCUCUCUCUCUCUGUCUCUCUCUCUCUGUCUCUCUCUCUCCUCUGUCUCUCUCUCUCCUCUGUCU